AUGAAAGUCCUCUUCCUCGGCGCAUCAGGCUCCAUCGGCGGCGAAGCCCUCCGCCAAUGUCUCUGCCACCCAAAGAUUACUUCAGUAGUCGCGUUCGUGCGCCGCGCCCUCCCCGCUGAAGUAUCAGAUCAUGCGAAACUUCAGACUGUCAUGAUAAAAGACUUUUCAAAAUGGUCUGAAGAUAUUCUCCUCCCGCACGUCGACGCCGCUGCUAUGAUUUGUGCCAUGGGCUCGUACAGAGGAAACGUCAACGUUGAUAUGGAGUACCCCCUCGCUUUCCAAACUGCCUUCGCGCCUCUUCUCGAGAAACAACCUAAGCGAGAAACAUUUCGGUUUAUUCAUCUCAGUGGGAAGUGGGUUGUUCAGGAACAAAAUGCGAAGUUAUGGGUUAAUGACUACCCUCGUAAACUCAAAGGCUUGUAUGAGCUUCGCUCGCUAGAGCUUGCGAAGGAGCAUGCAGCUGUUUGGAAGGCUUGGAUGUUAAGACCUGGUGGUGUUAUUACCAACAGGAUGAGAGUGCCUGGGUAUUUGGCUCAGUUGCUACUGGGUGAUGAUUAUGUUAUUCGGAAUGAGGAGCUAGGUGCGUUCUUUACGCAUUUGGCUGUUGAGGGGAGUGAGAAAGAUGAGUUUGUUGUUUUGAAUAGAAGAAUCGUUGAGGGAGGGAGGGAGUAUCUGAAGAAGAUGAGCUCCAUUACGGGAAAUUAG